UUCGUACAAUUAUCACCAAUUAAAGUACGAAAUUUUCGCUGAUCGGAACAAUUUAUCGAAUUGGUCAACAUGUCAACUGGCCCUGGCUUCAGUUCGGUUCUCCAAUUAACCGAUCUUAAUGAUUUUAUUGCUCCAUCACAGGCCUGUGUCAAACCAAUUAAACAAGAUGAUCAGGUUGGAAUACAUGAAAAGAAAAAGGUUGAAAUUACCUUAGGUGAUUGUUUAGCUUGUUCGGGUUGCAUAACAUCAGCUGAAUCGGUUCUCAUUUCUAAACAAAGUUACCUUGAUCUUUAUGAGAAUUUGGACAAAAAGAAGAAUGGUGAAAAUAUAAUUGUAAUUGUCUCUUUAUCUCACCAAGCAAUUUCAUCGAUUGGUGCUCGUUAUGGUAAAGAUUUCCAAGAAUCAGCUCAAUUGUUAUCAUCUUUUUUUCACUCAAUUGGUGUUGAUUAUGUUUACGAUUUAACCUUUGCCCGACAUUUAUCACUCCUUGAAUGUGAGAAAGAAUUUAUCAAAAGAAAACAAUCCAAUCGGUCAACUUUAACCUCCAUUUGUCCAGGUUUUGUUUGCUAUGUGGAAAAGACUCACGGUGAUUUACUGAUUCCUCUACUUAGUUCAGUUAAAUCACCACAACAAAUCAUGGGAAGUUUAGUGAAAAGGGUAUUCAUCCCAUCCGGUCAAAGUUCAUCAACAAUUUACCAUUGUACGGUCAUGCCUUGUUUCGAUAAGAAAUUGGAAGCCUCUCGAAUUGAGUUUAAUUGGGAAGAUGAAUCAGCUGAUGUUGAUUGUGUUCUAACACCAAUUGAAUUGGAAACUCUUUUUGAAAAGGAGAAUAUACAAUUUACCAAUCUUUCCACUCGUCCAAUUGAUUUACUUGAUCCAUUGUUACAAUUUAACGAUUACAACAAUCAUCAAAUUACUACACAUUCUGGAAAUGGUUCUGGUGGUUGGUCGGAAAAUAUUAUUCGUUACGCUGAUUGGUAUUUUAAUUCAUCACCAUUGGAAUCGCGAUUACCUUUGACCAUUCAAAGUAAACGGAAUAAAGAUUUUCUCGAGGUCACCUUAUCCUCAUCAGCUGGAGAGGGUAAACAAUUAACCUUUGCCAUUGUUAAUGGUUUUCGAAAUAUUCAAACGUUAAUCCAACGGAUUAAACGGAAAACAUUCAACUAUGAUUUCGUUGAGGUGAUGGCCUGUCCUUCCGGGUGUCUUAAUGGUGGUGGAAUGAUUCGUGGUGAUACAAUUGAUAAUAAACUUUUCGAUCAAGUUAAUCAGCUUUACAGUUCAUUGGAAACCUACAAUUUACCUUUAGAUGAUAAUCAUGAGACAAUUAAAUCAAUUUAUCAACAAUUUUGGCCUGAUGAAAGUUUACAGGAAAAAUUAUUCCAUACAACAUUUAAAGCUAUUCCUAAAACGGACAAUUUAUUAAAUGUUAAAUGGUAGAUUAACAUUACUAAUUAGUGGAAUUUACUAACAAUCAAUUGUAAAUAAUAAUUAUUACACUGAAUCAAUUGGGAAACGUUGAUAUUUUA